AAUACCAGAGAGACUUUUUUUUUAGUUUUUGGGAUUUGAUUUGAGUUGAGGUUAUAUUUGUCUUGACCUGAUAAAUUUAUUAUAAAAUUGUUUAUCAGUGAUUAACUGGAGAAUAAUAAAUAAUAUUUAUAUAAAAUGGCAUCUGUGUCUACAGCACCAGCACCGGGCAUGCAUCAGCUCGACUUGUCCAAGCUCAACCUUAACCAGUUGGCUCAGCUGAAGCAGCGACUAGAUGAAGAAAUGAGCGUUUUUCAUGAUUCACUUCAAACGUUGAAAAUGGCUCAAGGUAAAUUCAUUGAAUCUGGUGAGAGCGUGGAAAAAAUUACUGCUGAGACAAAGGGAAAAACAAUUUUAGUUCCAUUGACGGGAUCCAUGUAUGUUCCUGGAACCAUAGCUGAUACUGACAAUGUCCUCAUAGAUAUUGGAACUGGAUAUUAUGCACAAAAAGAUAUUGAAGGUGGUAAAGAUUAUUUCAAACGAAAAGUACAGUUUGUCACAGAACAGAUGCAGAAAAUUCAGGCUAUGGGUAUAGAGAAGUCUAAAGUACGUGAUGCAAUCUGCAUGGUCAUGGAGAUGAAAUUAGAAGCGCAGGCGCAGGCACAGAAGCCAUCAACAUCAUAACACAAAGUCUGACAUAUUUGUAUUUUGCUUCAUUACAAGAUUUUAAUCCAUAUAAUAUGUUAUGAAUGCAGUAUUGCAAUCACUUGUAAAGAACUGGAUAGUAUAUAAAGACACAUUCAAGUUUAGAACAACCUGUUUAAUAUGUUCACAGUGAUCAGACAGGAGUCUGUUGCUGAUUUAACCUCAGUUAAUAAAAAAAUUCAACAAG